AUUAUAACAUUUACAAACCCCGAAGGAACACCAAUUUACCGCGCAAGGCACCCACAGCGAGCGCGAUGCUCCGCCCGGCUCUGUUCAUACUGCUCGCCCUGUGCACAUGCACGGGUGCCGUACGCCAGUUUUACCAGGACAACGCGUUCCUUGAGUUGUCUAAAUACAACCCUUUCCCAGACCUGCCGUUUGCUGGCAACGGCACUUGUGGAGAGCCGACCCAGAACGAUGAUGGUACAACCACCGUGAAGUGUCUGGGGCCAGCGCACCCUCUGAAGCCGGGCCAGACAGAAUCAGUGAUGAUGUUUCUGGGAAAUCCCUACCCUGCCGCUGGCAAGGUCAGCGUUCUCAACCUGACGGCGGAGCUUGUGGACGGCGAGAGGCGCCCGGUACCCUUGUCAGACGUGUACGUGCACCAUUACGUCUCCAGCAGCAAGUUUAUUCUGGGCAGUGGCGCGGAGCUGCGUGGAAGCUUCUCGCGGAAGCCCCUGCCGGAGCCCUACUCGCUUGUUGUGGACACCGCUGAUCUCAAGGAGGACCUGAUCAGGUAUACGAACAUACAGCUGAUCAACACCAUCGGCGUCAAGGAGGCCGACAAGCGCGAGUGCCUUGAAUGUUGGUGCAAGGAUAACCCGGACAAGGGUAGUUUUAUGUGCUGCAAGAAUUGUCCGGCUGAGGAGGGCCCAAUUGUGGACUACCACCUGCAAUACUCCGUCACCUACCGGCCUAUCGAGGAGAAUGAUGCGAGCAUCAAAGAGAUUGAUUUCAUCGGAUUCGACAUUGUGGGCGGCCGCGUUGAGUAUGACAUCACUGCACCCCAAGGGCCCAACACAACGCUGCGCCGGGUGUACGAUGCAGUCAUUGACGGAGCAUGCCCACAAAAGAAGCCCUUUGAGGUGGUGCGGUGCACAGCCCACCAGCAUGUCGGCUCCCAGUGUAUGUACCUGUACAACUUGGACACCGAUGACCUCAUCUGCAAAUCAUGCCCGGUCUAUGGGACCCAGCCGGGUGUCCCUGGGGAUGAGGAGGGCUAUGUAGUGAAGAUGACAGACGGAGAGCCGUCUCCGCCGUACCUCAUCGCCCCCGGCACCAACGUGCGCCUCUUCUCCGACUACGACGGGGCUGAGCGCCGCCUGGGGGUCAUGGGCCUGAUGUCAGUGUGGGUGGCGGGUCUUGAGUCCGAAUGUACCGGCCAGUUCGGCGCCAUGUCAAACAUGAUGCCGCCACAAGUGCAGCGCGCGCUGCAAUCCGGAUCUGCGAGCACCAAAGUGUCGCAUUGAGGAGGCAUGAUGUCUGCAGUUGUGAUAUCACUUCUCCUCUGUUGUGGAUGCAGUACCGUUUGAGAUCACCUCGUAUCUAAUGGGAUUGUAUAACAGUUGAAGAAAGCUAGUUAGUAGUCGGUGCAGCAUGGAAUUCACUACUGUGGAUGUGUAGGUGCCUUUAAAUGACCUACUUGGUACAAAUGAUCUUUGUUUGUAAAUCUUCAUAUCAUGAUGAUUAACGAUGUUGUUUAAUUGUUUUGGUCACUGGCUGCAUGCAGUUGCUUGGACCUGUGAGUUGUAAAAAUUUGCCCUAGC